AUGAACUUGACGGUUCUGCAACCUUCCACCACCGUCGCCGCCGUCUCUACCCUCACCGGUCGAUCACCACACCCAUCUACGGAGCUCAAACAAUGCAAGACCAAUCUGGAUUUCAUUCAAAUACACGCCAAACUCAUCAAAACUGGACGCAUUCGAGACCCACGUGCUUCCGCCGAGCUUCUCCGUUUCUACGCCCUUUCCGACCCACCUCACAGUGACCUCCGGUACGCCCGUCUUUUAUUCGACCAAAUGAACCAACCCAAUUGCUUCUCGUGGAACACCAUCAUUAGAGCUUUUUGCGAUAGCGAUGAUCCAUUAGAAUCCUUCAUUCUGUUUAACCAAAUGGUCGAAAAUGGCAACGAGUUUGUGAAACCCAAUAAGUUUACGUUUCCGUCUGUGCUUAAAGCUUGCGCCAAAACUGCUAGGCUCGAAGAAGGCAAGCAAACUCAUUGUGUUGUAUUGAAGCACGGAUUAGAGAAUGAUGGGUUUGUGUUGAGUAAUUUGGUUCGAAUGUACGUCAUGUGUGGUGCCAUGAACGAUGCCCAUAUGCUUUUUGAUUCAAAAAACAUGAAUUCAACAAUGGGUGAAACUGUUUUAUGGAACGUGAUGAUCGAUGGUUACAUUAGACUUGGGGAACUCGAACUUGCACGGAACCUGUUCGAUAAAAUGCCUCAACGAAGUGUGGUCUCUUGGAAUUCCAUGAUUUCUGGGUACGCACAAAAUGGGUUUUUCAUGGAAUCAAUAGAAUUAUUCCGGCAAAUGCAGAUCGAAGAUGAUGUUGCAAUCCCGAAUUACAUUACUUUGAUUAGUGUACUACCGGCGAUAUCAAGAAUUGGUGCACUCGAGAUCGGAAAAUGGGUGUAUUUCUACGCACUCAAGAACUGCAUAAACAUCAAUCCGGUGCUCGGUUCUGCUCUGAUCGAUAUGUAUUCCAAAUGUGGAAGCAUUGAGGAGGCAGUUCAGCUCUUCGAAUCUCUCGCUAAAAAGAACGUAAUCACUUGGAAUUCAAUAAUCACCGGGCUCGCAAUCCACGGUCGAGCUACUGAUGCUCUCAACCAUUUUAAAAGGAUGCAAGAAAACGGGAUUUCACCAACAGAUGUAACCUACAUCAGCGUUUUAACUGCAUGUAGCCAUGCGGGUUUAGUCGACCAAGGGAUGUCAAUUUUCAACCAAUUGGUUCAAACUGUUGGACUAGAACCAAGAAUCGAGCAUUACGGAUGUAUGGUUGAUCUACUUGGUCGUGCAGGCCGGCUAAAAGACGCCGAAGAGCUAAUCCUCAAAAUGCCGGGUGAACCCGACGACGUUGUUCUAAAAGCCUUACUCGGUGCUUGCAAGAAGCAUGGGAACAUUGAGAUAGGUGAACGUAUGGGGAACCGUCUUUUGGAGAUCGAUCCAGAAGACGGGGCCCCAUAUGUAGCUUUGUCUAACAUGUAUGCCUCGUUGGCGAAUUGGGACGGGGUUAUGCAAACGAGGUUGAAAAUGAAGCAAAACGACGUUAAGAAAGACCCCGGGUGUAGUUGGAUCGAGGUCAAUGGGGCGAUUCAUGAGUUUGUUGUUCAAGAUGAAUCGCAUAAAAAAGCAAAAGAAAUUCAUAUGAUGUUGGAAGAAAUGACGGAGAAGUUGAGUCUGGUCGGGUACAAACCCGACAUGACUCAAGUUCACCUGAGAAUGGAGGACACCGAGAAAGAAUCGGUUUUACGUCAUCAUAGCGAGAAGAUCGCGGUCGCUUUCGGGUUGAUAAGCACGAGGCGUGAAACAACAGUUAAGGUUGUUAAGAAUCUUCGGAUAUGCGACGACUGUCACACGGCUAUUAAACUCGUUUCUAGAAUAUACGAUCGAAAAAUUAUUGUAAGAGAUCGAAAACGAUUUCAUCAUUUUGAGAACGGAUCGUGUUCUUGUAUGGAUUAUUGGUAACAUCGACUGUAAAGAUGGACAACGCUUA